GCAGAGCUACAUCCAGCAGCUGAGCCUUGUGUCAAAACACAGAGAAACCAGCAGCGCUAAAUCCACAGCUUUACCUCUAUUAUUUGGAAAGUAUUUGUCAACACAAAGUCAUUUCCAUCUAAGUCAGCGUACCAUGACCGAACAAUCAGCAUUACUUCUCCGAAAACAACUGGCAGAGCUCAACAAGAACCCGGUGGAGGGCUUUUCAGCUGGUCUGAUCGACGACGAUGACAUUUAUAAAUGGGAAGUCGUGAUCAUCGGUCCACAAGAUACCCUUUUUGAAGGAGGGUUUUUCAAAGCAUACCUCACCUUUCCCUAUGAUUAUCCUCUACGGCCUCCAAAGAUGAAGUUCAUCACUGAGAUCUGGCACCCAAACGUUGCAAAGAACGGGGAUGUUUGCAUCUCGAUUCUUCACGAACCCGGCGAGGAUAAGUUUGGUUACGAGAAGCCGGAGGAGCGCUGGUUACCGAUCCAUACCGUCGAGACAAUCAUGAUCAGUGUGAUCUCCAUGCUGGCAGACCCCAACAGCGACUCGCCGGCCAACGUGGACGCAGCGAAAGAGUGGAGGGAGGACCCUAACGGAGAAUUCAAGAGGAAGGUGGCUCGCUGUGUAAGAAAAAGUCAAGAGAUGGCUUUUGAUUAGGAAUCCAUUUAAAUUCCAGGGUAAAGGGAAUGCCUUCAGAGGGAAGAUUCAGCAGGCUUUUGCACCCCUUGUUUUUGCCAGAGGAAGGAACCGGUUGGCUUCAAACACGUUUCUGUGAACGGUUUCAUUUUCCGCCAGACGAGCCAAUUUGAGAAACCCUACCAGCGAAAUUCACCCGUUUCCUACCUGGAAUUGUAUAUUUAAUUUAAUUUAUUUUGAACAAAUUAAUGAUGUAAGAUAUGUCACUACUGUAAAUUAACUUGCUUUUUUAUCUGCUGCUGAACAGUUUCUACUUUGUACCAGGUUUCUUAUGCAAUUCAGUGGUCAAGAUUGUGUAAAAACUAUAAAACCCCGUCACCAGAUUAACGUCGCCCAACGAAUCCGGGUCAAUAUUUCUGAUUAUUUUCCACACCGUCUUUGAAUCACUGUUGCCUUUUGUGGGCUUCACUUCCUCACAGUCUUGUUAUCUUUAAGAGAGACAGUUUAAGAGGGGUUUCACAGUUUAAUUUCCUAAAAAACAGCCUCAUGUGUGUUAGCGUUUUAUUUAUAAAACCUUGACUCUCAAACCAGCAUGACCAGCUCCGUUAUGUUUAAUCUGCUAGAUGUGAAAUGAAUGGCUUACUCAGUGAUUUGAGGGUUAUUGUUUUAUAAUAUAAAGCCUCGCACACAAGCAACUUCUCAACCUCUCAUACUCCUGAUCCUUAAAGGAAUUCUUCACCCACAAAAUAUCACACAAUUUAAGUCAAAUCAUCCUUAAAUACUCAAAGAAAAUUGUGUUUUUUUAUGCCUUCAAAGUGAAUACAAAAAUGAAAAAAACUGACACUUAUACGGUAUAAUCCAAGUUUAAUCAACUCGCUUAUGCACACUACUCCACAAACGCAUGACUUUUACCUUAAAAUGCUCUAUUUAAAACACUUUUGUGCAAGAAAAUUGUAGUAAAUGCUGCAUUUUUUUUUUUGUAAAUAGCAAUGAAUUAGUCUUCAUACGCCUGGAUAAAUGAGUUUGAUUAUACUGCACAAGUUGUGUGAGUUUGUAAAUGGAUGAUUUAAUAUAUUUUUGCUUCCCAUAUUUAAUUAAAAGUACCUCUUCAGAAUUUUUCUCCAUUUUCUGACGGAUUUCAAACUAAAACAGGAUGAAUAUUUGCUAAAGGAAUGAUUAUUUAGUGGGUUAAGAACUCCUUUUACACCUAUCCCUCAUGGUCCAUUAGGAAAUCUAUUCAUUACCACUCGUUAUAGUGAAUCACAGACAACCAAAUACAGUGGGGAAAUAGCCAAAACUGCAAAGAAAUCCACGUUAACUCAAUUUAAAGGUGAAUAAAUCAGUUUUUGGUUUUUUUUAACACGGGGAAUUUUCGGUGCUCCGUUUCUUAUUUUGGUGUGGCAUGUUAGGCUUUUAUCAACAUCUGGGUAAAGGAGGAUACAAGUCACUUUCACUCGAGGGUUUAUCGUUGGGUAAUCCUCUUUAAAUCAACAUCUUGGACAAUAUUUAUCACCAUCACUGAAUUGGGGUUUUUGAACGAGACCUGACGUUUUCUCGGCACUUCGUAAACGUGUUCUGAGGACAAAUGAACACACCAUUUAUUUUUUAAAGAAUACACACAGUCUGGAAACCAUGAUACAUGAUUGACUGACAUUAAAAAGAACAAAUAUCUCACCGUGUUUUUUGUUUUUCGCGCAUGCAAUCAGGUUUGAAGGAGUUCUGAGUGAAUGUGACGUGUACAGUUGGUAGAUAUUCUGUAGGCUUUAUGAUCACAUGACUGCUGUCCACAUUACACCUUUCUUUGGAUUUUAUAACCUACCAUGACCUCCUCUGACCGGUGUUCACUGUAUUUGCACAGAUUCGGUGCGUUUGAAAUGUCAUUAAGCAAUACGCUCUGAGAAAAAAUGGUGUGUCCAGGUUAAUCCACCCUAACGCCAUUAUUAUUAUUAUUAUUAUUAUUUUGAUAUCCAUUUUGUGUCAAUGCAAUGUAUAUUGGACUUGAUGCUCAAUAAAGUGUGUAAACAGA